AUGUCUUUUAUAAAAAAGUGUUUACAUAGUACAAAAGUACCUGAAUUCAUAUGCUUCAAGUGCUAUGUGUUAUUGUGUUCAAGUUGUAUAACCACACACAACAGAGAGUUUGAUCAUAUUCAGUACUGUGACAAUAUUGAUGUUAUCAAAUUCACUUUUGAUCAAAUAGUUAAUAAUAAAGUUCGUUGCAAUGAAGGCCAGAGUGAGAGUGGUGAAGAUGAAAGUUUUGAACAACCAGGAAGUCAACAUAUCAGUGACCAGUUCUCUGCCUUGUGGGUAUCGAUUAAAGAGUUGGCAGCCAAACACCAAUCAUUAGCAGCAUCACAGAAUGAAAUAGUUCAACACUUUACCCAAGCACACGAAAAACUAACGAUCGAGGAGCACCGAUUAAAAAAGCCAAUCUCAGAGACGAUGGAUACCAUUGAAAAUCAACUAGAUAGUAAACUCGCCGAUUUAAAACAUUUAGUCAGUAUUGCCAAUAUAAACAAAUCAAUUCACAAUCAAAACGCCAAUCACAGUAGCAGCGACAAUCGUACGAUAUCAUCUGCCAACGACGAACAUUCAACAACAACAAAUCCAACUAUCAUAUCAUCGAUAGCAGCUCAUUCAACACUUAUUCCUUUUAUUCAGUCAAACACAAACAGUCUUUUCAAUAUAAAUAACAAUCAUGUCACCACACACGGUAUUAAUAUAGCGGAAUUGCUAGAACAAUACAAGAAUAAUUCGGAUGCUCUUAUUUUGGAUUUAGUUUACAAGUUUUAUAAAUUAAGAACAAUCUCCGGAGAUUUUAAACCAUUAGAGAACUACAGAGUAUCUAUAGAUCCAUCAGGUUUAAACAAACUGAUGGAGGCAAUCCAACAAACUAUAACAGUUGUUCCAAUAACAGAUAAUAAGACAACAGCAACAACAACAACUACAUCAACUACAAUGACAACAACAGACACAACAGUUAAUUCAACAACAACAACAACAACAACAAAUAACAAAAAAGAAACCUAUAUUUUCGCCACUCAUCGUGGGCAAGGUGCUACGCUAAUAGGUGAAAACACCAUAACCGAGAUAGAUUUAGGUUAUAAUUUCACUUCUACUCACAACUCUGUGGUUAGUGUUGGACAGCACAUCUUUAUUUUCGGAGGACUCAACAAUGGAGCCAAAUUUUGUCGAUUCUCAAUACAAUCAAAAACUCUUGAUAAGAUUGGUGAUAUCACUGAUGUGGAAGGAGGAAUAUGGAUAUCAGCUUGCUAUGACGGAAUGGACCAUAUCUAUCUGGUAAACGGCCAUGCUCUCUCAAGAACCGAUAGAUUCAACAUCAAAACAUUCAAGUUUGAGAAAACUCCUCAUAGAUUGAGUGAAAGCUCUAAAGUUCAAAUCAUUUCAUUUUUCUAUAAAGGGUUGUUAUAUUCGAUGUCACAAGAGGAUAGCUUGCUCCACAUAUUCAAUCCAGCGGACCAAUCGCUACUUGAAUAUAAACUAAACAAUAUAGAUCUACAAGCAUUAUCUUCAUCAGCGUGUACUGAUGGCAAUGGAAAUAUUUACCUUUAUCAAUCAAGAAAAUUUGUUAAAUUCAAUGUGGAAUCUAAGAAAUUGGACACACUCAAAUCAAUUGGUUCAGAUAGUAUGGCAUGCCUAUCGAUGGUCUACCAAAAAGUAUCAGAGAACCAAAGCUUUAUCUAUCUUCUGGGUGGCUCAAAUUAUAGAAACCACCGGUAUUCCAUUUUAGAAAACAAGUGGGAAAGAUUUUAUACAUCAGAUGAUCACAAUAGAAAUUAUUGUGGCUCAGCAAUUAUAUCAUUUUAA